AUGUAUAGGCCUAGUUGUAUCUUCCUAAAACUUUCUUUUAGUGAUUUUAAACAGUUUCUAUUUUCUGUUUCAAUUCCAAAUGCAAGGCAACCAUUAGGCUCGCAUUUUUCUGAUGAUGGGUUCAAUUUUAUUUCUAAUGUGGAGAAGAUUUCGGAUCCCUUUCCUUUUACUGAGAAUGUGCCUUUGACUGUCAGCCAUACCCACACUUCAGAUAACACAACUGUGCCAGUUGCAAAUUUUCGUCUCCCGAAUAAUAGCGAGUGCAUGCGUAUCAGCACCCAAACAGUACAUCAGAGUCUUCAGCGCAUCUACCCACCGUGCCCAAUUGUCUACCUUGGGAUUGUACAGAGACAUGCCGGAGAACAGGUCAAAAGCACCACUGCAAAUGUCCUACAUCCGCGCCUAGAUGCAACCACCACUAAAACUGAAGUCCAUGAUGAUCAUAAGUAUGAUGGAGGAUACUCGUGUGGAACUGGUAGGCAAUGCAAUGCGGUCAGAUGUGAAGAUGGAGACGAAGAUGUGUGGGUUCUUCGGCAGGGUUCGUGUUUUGGGGCAUCUAGGCCGCCCUUUGUUGUGUUUCCAAUUCUUCCCCGGUAUUGCAAACAUGAUCUAGGUCGUUCCUUACAAUCUCAAAUACUAUCGUCUCUUUCAUUUACGGACACUAACGAGCCGGUCUCACAAGAGAGUACACCCAUGUCUCUGCUCAAUGAAUCUAGCCCGGUUAGAAAGAUAUCUUUAUGUUUAUCCAAUUCAUUGCGUACUAAUGAGGCUAAAGGAGUUGCAGAAUCAGAUUUGGAGGAGCCUGCAGAUACUGAUGUUUACUUCUUCCCAGAUCUAUUGCAGUGUAUUUUGUCACCUGUUGUGAGAAAUUCACUGAACCCAUAUUCAAAGGGUGUUUUGACUCAUGCUGGCGUUAAUCCGAUUAAGGUGGAUAACAGGAGUGAAGAGGGUGGUGAGGGUACUUCGUGUGCACGCCAGCAUUUUAACGUACCUAUUUCUGAGUCUUCAAUAACACCAGCGUCUUAUGUAGACAUCCGUCAGGGUAAGUUUGCUGUGAAUGCGCAGCAACUGUGGGAGCUUGCUAUGAUCAACUUACGCCAGCGUGCGCCCUGCUUGGUGCUAGUUGAUGAGCGGGAGCCGGUCUCCAUUCCCGAUAGUGGACUUGGAGUCAAGGUCGACGCGCGUGGACUCUGCAUUGACGACAGGCGCCUAGACAAGCCAUUGAGGCGAGUUCGCUUUCAAGUCGAACCCAAGUCCUGGAAGUGGGACCACAACGCGGAGACUGACAGGGGUGUUCUGCCAGUCGUUUCGUUGCCAACGGCCUCGUUUGAUGUGGCUGUAUACACAGAAAGGAUGCUGCUGCCGUCGCUGACACUCCAUUCCGCCUCAGAUUCAGCACUUCUGAGCGGUCUUUCCAAGUCGCAACGGCGGAUGGAGGAAUCCCGCAGGCUCCAUAUCGUUGACGCUGGAGCUAAUGCAUCACUGAACACAGAGAUGCAUAAUACCGAGAAUGUGACGACAACAUUUCCAAAAGGGUCGACCCACACGGCAUGGGUGUGGAACGGAAAUUUCUGGUCAGAGGAAGCAGAUCCACAGCUUUCCCGCGUAGCGCAUUCUAUUUUUAGUCAGCUUCAAAACGAUCGAUCUUCCCGUGAUAUCAUAGCGAACAAUAACCAUAUAGCCCCACCUGUGACAACUCAACAGCCGGUGGCAUGGAUACCGUCAUUCUGGUGGGAUUUCCGAACUCAACAUUCGAAGCCGUGCUUCUUGCACACACACAGGAUGGGCGGAGUGUCCACACAUCCUGAUCCCUUACCACAAUUCACGAUUGAGCUCAGAAAAACCUGGACCGUGACCGGCUUGGAAGGAAUCUACCAACUGCUUUUGAUGAGUUCCAUGCGUUUGAAACUCAUUUUAGAAGAGAGGGAUAGUCAUAGGUUGGCACCUGCUGAUGGAGAUCAUGACACGUGUAAAGCAGUAAUGGAUUCAGAAAAGCCUCACCACGAUACUAAACUCCACAGGAGGUACACAAAACGCAUGAGAGCGGCGGAAAAGACAUUGACAGUCGCGAGCCUUCUUUCGUCCACCAUUUCACCUCCUCCAAGUUCGCAGGCUGAGAUAUCUUUCGAUAACUCUCAUAAAAGUUCCGCGCCGUUAGACAACUCCCACGGCGAGCCUGGGGAGGCGCUGGAGGUCGAGAUGUGUGGUAGCACGUCAUUCAUUGAGCCUGCCGAUGCGCAUCCGCAUCUUGAUGGUUACUAUCUAUUCAACUCUUCCGGAGAAGGCUUAAGCAAGGUGCGUUAUCCUGCUUAUGAUGCACUCACUGGUGUGCCGUUGCCCUACAACAAACAAACAUCGCGGUGCGCAAGUGGUAAAAAACUAGAUGUCUGUGGGGACGUGUCUAAGAUUGCUCAAUCCUCCUGCAUUGAUUCAACCAGGCUAUUACAUUCAUCAGAAUUUGCGGAGGCGCGAUCUUUGAAGUCCUCACCAGGCUGCCCCACCCCCUUUGAAUAUUCCUUUGCUUCACAGCAGAUUUGUUGGAUGCCUAGAAACGCAGUGGAGGACGUUGGGCUAAAGAUAGCACGAGAUGCGCCAGAUAUAGAGAAGGACACGCUUGAGCAACCUCGGGUGCAGGCACUGAUGGACCCUGGUGAACCCCCUACAGAUGCGACAGCAGCAUUGAACCACGAGGUUCACUACACUGGGUUUCCAUUUCAUGAGUUGCCUCCAUGGAUCAUGAGUCUAAUUCCCUCUUCGGACAUCUCAGAAACUUAUCCGAAAGUCGUCUUGGACGCAUCGACCGGAACAGGGCCCUUAGUUGGAUCGGCAUCAAAGGAGAUGCUCCUUCGGACGUUGCUGGAACACGUACCUUCCCCAACUUCUGGCUGCAUCCAGUGGCACUGUAGUUCAUCCAGGAAAGUACAGAUGGAGGGAUGUGGUGAUGCAACGGUGUGGGUUCUCCAACUCGACCCCACGCAUUGCCGUUCCCACGUGCGCGAUCCUGAAUUGUCAGUGUUUUCACCUGUACGGGGCCUCCUCUGGCGAGUUUACCGUGUGGCGGACACCAAGGUGAACUUUAUUUUUUCUAUGUCAGAUGUUUUACAGAGUGUGGAUGCCGAGGAGGGGAAGAGACAUCCUAGGGAUUCUGUUUGCGAUUGCUAUAGCUUAGAAAAGGAGGUCAAUCUUAUCCGAAGAUUGCUGCACUCCGUUUUUGAGGCAAGAUGCCAUACGCAGCGCCGUUCUUAUGAUACGUUGCGCUUGAGUGGUGAAUUGGAAACCGCUUCGUACUUUUUCCUUGACGUUCGUGCCGCGCUGCUUUUGUUAGAGAUUCUAAAGGCUCGAAAGAGAUCUUUGCAUUGCUUUGCGUGGACGCAUUUCAUUAAUAAGGAACACAUGAGUUCGGGUGGUGAGGGGGCUGAUCACACCGAUGCUCGGCGGGGAUGCGGCCGCAUUAAUAUGGAUGUCAAAGCUCCGUUGGGCAGGACCUCAAACCAAGACUGGCUGGAGGAGUGUGAGGCUAUUUGGUCAGAAUAUUCCUCUUCUCAGGCAUGUAGAAAAGAAGGCCUCAUAUAUACAGGCGCGUGCUCUAACACAACAUCUCCUGAGAACACCUUGUCGCGUUGGUUCCUUUCUCCGAGUAGUUUUGUGGAUUGUUUUAUUGCUCGAUGCAAGAAAAGGAUCUUUUGGAAGCUGGCAGAGCUCGACACAGUGUUGUCAUUGGCCGAUCCUGACGAGAUAGCACAGGGAGGCGAAAAGAAGGAGUUUGGAGUUGAUGAAGGUGGUCUUCACCCCGACUCCACAGAGGAGCAGUCAACCACAGCAUUACCUUCUGGCGAAAAAGCGAUGGAAGAAGUGUGCACAGACAACCGGGACGGACCCCUCUCCCAGACCCCGCUCUCUCCCCAGGAAGAGGCUUUUCUAGCCCAGUUUGAAAUUCUACGUGACGACGACGAUACCGAGCGCGUGGACGUCCCGGAGGACGCGAUUCACCCGUUCGCGAAGGAUCUGGCCACUUUAGGGGACUUCCCCGCGGUAGACCACCGAUGUUACGGUCCUGGAGCUCGCCUGUACGAGGCACUGAUCCACCCUAAACUACCUGCGGAUGGGGGUGUAAAGCGACUAGCCCCGUCAACACUUGGUUCGGCACGGAUCGAUGCGAUCUUGCACGCCAACAAAGUAGCACGAUGCAUGCGUCGACAUUCUCCUUAUACUGAUUCGAGUCAAGAUCAUUCCAACGACGGGGAGAAUAUCCCCCGAGGGUACGGCAGGGGUGCAUUCAGAGAGGAGUCAACCGAUAUGCUCAGCGUGAACAUGGGGUUUCUUCCCAUCGUAGAGGAUGUCGGAGAGGCUGCACAUAAAAGUACUCCAGCAGGGCGCGGGGUUUCUGCCAAUACUGUGUCUGUGGAGACUCCUAGUUUCUCCAACAUUCGCGUUCCUAGACUGACUUGUGCGAACCAAGUUAAGACUUGUAUAGCUGAAGAGGAGCAUCGACUGCGAAAGCGUUGGUCUCCAUGGCUUAGGCUUUUGUCCAAGGGAAUUCCAAAGCAAAACAGCGGUGACAGUGAUAAAUCGAACGGUUCCCACGAGAUACCGUUGAGUGUGCCACCAUCACCCCUUGGCAGGAUGCUCUGCACAUUAGAGGAAGCAAAGCCACUAAAGGCGAGAAGCCUUGAAGCGUGCGAGAAGUUCGUCAGAGACAAGGAAAGAAGUAGUAUGGAAAAAAUGAUACCAACGGAGAUACAUCAGAACGGCCUACUUGAUGGACUCUGUUGUUGGGAUUUAGGAUUGAAAGUGAUUUCCAUAUCCUACAGUGAACAUUACGUCAAUGCUUCUAACCUUCCCUUUUCUUUUUAA